CAUCUGAGAGGUGGUUCCAUUGAUUGCCCUAAGGCUCCCUUCUGUUGAGGCUCGAGUCUGGGAUUCAGGCCGAAUGCUUCGAAGGGGCCGACUGCUACUGUCCCGGGGGGUUUCCCAGCUGCAGGGUUCAGGAGCCCAGAGGCCCGUUUUGCGGUUUGAUGGAGAAGCUUUCCGUCUCAAAAGGACGGGGGAACUAGUCCGGGCUUUGCUGGUGCUUCGGCUCUGCGCGUGGCCCCCGUUGGUCACUCAUGGUCUGACGCUUCUCUCUUGGUCUCGGAGGCUCCUGGGUUCCCGGCUCUCUGGGGCUCUACUCCGGGCUUCGGUGUAUGGGCAGUUUGUGGCCGGGGAGACCACGGCCGAGGUGCAGGACUCUGUGCAGAGGCUCCAGGGACUGGGGCUGCGGCCCCUGCUGGCUGUGCCCAUUGAGGAGGAGCCGGGGACGGAUCGGGGAGGAGAAGCCUGGUACGAGGGCAACCUCCACGCCAUGCUGCACUGUGUGGACCUGUCCUGCGGGCCCCCGGACUCCCCGCAAUCCCAGCCAGUGCUCAUGCAGCUCAAAGUGACCGCCCUGACCAGUGCCCUCCUCUGUAAGGAACUGACGCUCAGGCUCGGGGAGCCCCACACCGCCAAGGAGCUGAGUCCCGAAAGGCUAGCUGCCGCCAUGGAGAGCGGUGAGGACCUCGGGAUUUCCAGUCUCAGUUCUGAGCAGAACCAGCAUCUCGGAGCCUCCCUGAACCGCUUCCACCGCAUCGCUCAGUACGCCCGGAGCCGGGGGGUGCGGCUGCUGGUGGACGCCGAGUACACGUCUCUGAACCCGGCCCUGUCCCUGUUCGUCUCCUCCCUGGCCCAGCGCUGGAACUGCCCGGAGGCGGCGGGCGGGGAUGGGACCCCCUGGGUGUGGAACACCUACCAGGCCUAUCUGCAGGACACGCACGAGCGGCUGACCCAGGCAGCGGAGGAGGCAGCGCGCAAAGGCCUGGGCUUUGGGGUGAAGUUGGUCCGCGGCGCCUACCUGGAGAGCGAGCGGGCGCUGGCCCGGCAGAGGGGGGCGGCGGACCCCACCCAGCCCGACUACGAGGCCACCAGCCGAAGUUACAGCCGCUGCCUGGAGCUGAUGCUGGGACACGUUGGCCGCCGGGGCUCACGGUGUCAGCUCAUGGUCGCUUCCCACAAUGAAGAGUCUGUGCAUCAGGCGGUCAAAAGGAUGUCUGACCUGGGCAUUCCCCCGGACGGGCCCGUGUGCUUCGGACAGUUGCUGGGCAUGUGCGACCACGUCUCCCUUGCCCUGGGGCAGGCCGGCUACGCCAUCUACAAGUCCAUCCCCUACGGCUCUCUGGACGAGGUGAUUCCCUACCUGUUGCGCAGGGCCCAGGAGAACCGGAGUGUGCUUCAGGGGGCCAGGAGAGAGCAGGGUCUGCUGAGCCAGGAACUCCUCCGACGGCUGUCUCGCAGCCCUUAGGGCGUCGCCCCGCGUUUCCACCUCAUCUCUGGCCUCUCCUCUCCUCACCCCAACAUCUGACAUUAAAGAUCCCUAAGAAAA